AUGCCCGCUCUUCCUCCUUCCAGUCUAGAAGAUGGGAAAAAAAGAGAUUUUCCUGCUAGGCUUACGAAGCAAGUCUUCGUUUGCACCCUGAUAGCAGCCUUUGGUGGUCUUAUGUUCGGUUACGAUAUCGGCAUAUCAGGAGGAGUGACCUCCAUGGAUGAUUUCUUGAUAAAAUUUUUCCCUGAGGUGUACGUUCGGAAGCACAGGGCGAAAGAGGACAACUACUGCAAGUAUGAUAACCAGUUGCUGCAGCUCUUCACCUCUUCUCUCUACCUUGCAGCCAUAGUGUUCUGCUUCAUUGCCUCUGUGUUCUGCAAGAAGUUUGGCCGCAAACCCACCAUUCAAGCCGCCUCCCUCUUCUUUCUAAUCGGCGUAAUUUGCAACACGGCCGCCGUGAACUUGAUCAUGUUGAUUGUUGGGAGGAUUUGUCUCGGCGCCGGAGUCGGAUUUGGCAACCAGGCAGUGCCACUGUUCAUAUCAGAGAUUGCACCACCAAAAUACAGAGGAGGCCUUAACAUAUGCUUCCAGCUGCUGAUCACGCUGGGCAUUCUCUUCGCAAACGUUGUUAAUUAUGGAACAUCUCAAUUGCAUCCAUGGGGCUGGAGGCUUUCUCUGGGCAUAGCAGGAAUCCCAGCUUUGGUUCUUUUUUUGGGUUCGAUGAGCAUCGUGGAGACUCCCGCUAGCCUCAUCGAGCGCGGCAAGAAAGAGGAGGGUCUAAGAACUCUUAAGAAGAUUAGAGGGGUAGAUGAUGUGGAGAAGGAGUAUGAAGAAAUCUUGCGUGCCACAGAAUUGGCCAAACAAGUCAAGAACCCCUAUAAGAACCUUAUGAAGCGUUCUAGCAGACCGCAACUCAUUUGCGGCACCAUCCUUCAAAUUUUCCAGCAGUUCACAGGCAUCAAUGUGAUCAUGUUUUAUGCUCCGGUUCUCUUUCAGACGAUGGGCUUCGGCAGCAAUGCUUCGUUACUCUCAGCUGUGGUAACUGGUCUUGUGAACUCAGUAUCUACUUUGAUUGCCAAUUUUGGUGUGGAUGUACUUGGAAGAAGAGUUUUACUCAUUGAAGCUGCCAUUCAGAUGUUAGUUGCUCAGAGUGUAAUGGGAGGCAUUCUCAAAGUUUAUUUGAAAUCAACAAAUGUGAUGCCAGAACAUUACGCUAAAGUUGUUGUCCUGCUGGUCUGCAUUUUCGUGGCUGGAUUUGCAUGGUCAUGGGGUCCUUUGGGUUGGUUGAUCCCGAGCGAAAUAUAUCCAUUGGAGACUCGACCGGCUGGUUUUUUCUUCGCCGUGAGCAUGAAUAUGUUAUGUACUUUCCUAAUUGCCCAAGCGUUUCUCACCAUGCUGUGUCACAUGAAGUGGAUGAUUUUUUUCUUCUUCGCUGUGUUCAUCAUCAUCAUGGGAUCUUUCGUUAUUUUCUUCUUACCUGAAACAAAGGGAGUCCCCAUCGACGAAAUGAACGAAAGGGUGUGGAGGAAGCACUGGUUCUGGAAAAAGUAUUAUGAUGAUGAAGCGGGUGAAGCUCAUAAAGAAUCACAAGAGGACCUCAAAGGCGAAGAGAAAGAAGACAGCUAG